AAGAACGGAGAAAGACGGAAGUAAAGGCGAGGUACGAUCAUGAAAUCGCUGUGCUCAAGGCAAAGAAACUAACAGCUGUGGCGAACGCUAAAUUGACUGCAAUCGAACAAUCCAUUCAGCAGGAAGAGGGAAAAUCAGUUGCCCAGUCUGAUGUAGAAUUAUCUGAGGGAGAUGGGAAACUCAACAACAGUGAACGAACUAGCGCUUGGGUGUACGAUCAACGACAUGAAGCAAUUCGACACCGGAAAGGGCCACAACAAGACGAAACAAUCCAACUAGAUCGAGACGUGAUAUUUGGUCGGAAGAGCAAAGCAGCAGACAAUUAUAUUGUACCACAGCUCAAAGACGAUUUUUUGGGAAAAAACGGAACGGAACGGGAAGCGGAAAUACUGCCGGUGCAGCAAAGUAUGGAAGCUAUCGCAGCUACAAAUCAACAACUGGCACCUAGUCUCGUACGUCAAAGCUUACCGAAGUGUCAUCCUGAUACCUUUAGUGGAGACGUAACAAUGUUCCACCCAUGGAAGAAUUCGUUCGAGGCAAUGAUCCGUGUUGCUGAUAUUUCACCGGAACAAGAGAUAAAUUACCUGCAUAAGUAUACGAAAGGGGCACCACAGAACCUGGUCGAUAACUUUCGAAAACGUCAACACAACAAACGGGGCCGUAGUAAUUGGCUAAGUGCUGUUACGAACUCCCUGCCAUUAAUUGUAAUAUAGUUAUCUACAAGGCAAAGCUAAUAAAUUAAAUUAAAUUAAAAUUAACAAUCCACAUAAGCUGCUGAAAGAAGUAUGGGUGGAGCUCGAGAGACGUUUUGGCAACUCAGCCGCGAUUUCACACGCCUUAUUGGGACGGUUGUGAGAUGCAGCUAAAUUCGAGGAUAAAAACAAGAAGAAACUGCAGGAGUUUGCCGAUUUGUGUGCUGACGUAGACUAUCAGAUAGGACAGUUGCCUGGUUUGAGAUGUUUAAACUACGCGAAUGUUAUUCAGCCAAUCCUUCGAAAAUUACCAGCAUCUCUCCGAAACAAAUGAGAAAAGCAGGUCGUGGACUACGCUUUGGAGAACUAUGA